AUGUGCGGAGCUCUGAGCAAGACGUCUCCAGCCCCUGCCAGCAACGAGGUGUUUGUGGCCGUCCCGCCCGGCAACGCCAGCGGCCUGCGCCCGCCGCCAGUUCUGCCCACCUCCAUGUGCCAGCCUCCAGGGACUGUGUGGUUCGAGGAGCCACCGCUGAGGGCGCAGACGCCAAGGGCCACCCAGCCUCCCAACCUGCGGCCCAGGGAGACGUUCCUGACCUGAGAGCCCAAAGCUUUAGGGUAUCCCAUCUUCACCCUUCUGGAGUUCUUCAUCUCAGUCAUUGCCACCCACUUUGGGUGCCAAGCCACCCAUGCCCAAGCCAACACGCCUGUGGUUUUUCUGCCAAACUUCAACAUCCCCAGCCCCGCGGCCUCUCCGCCCCCUGCCUAUGACAGUGUGGCAUAUAUGCCCAAGGAGUCCUGGGAGUAG